ACCACAAAGAGGAACAUGCAGAUCCUUAUGAGGCUAGCAAAGCUGGACACUGCAGAAGAUCCUUUGGAGAGAGUGUCUGAGUUUCCUGUUAUAGUAGAAGCUUUGAAAUGCCUCUGUAACAUAGUUUUUAAUAGUGCUGUUGCACAGAAGCUCAGUUUGGAACUGAAUCUUGCAGCUAUGCUCUGCAAUCUUCUGGAAAAAUGCAAGGACCAAGAGUUUGUUGAUGACAUUAAAUGCUUUGAUUUACGUCUCCUCUUCCUCUUGUCACUUCUGCACACAGACAUUAGAUCACAGUUGCGUCAGGAACUACAAGGGGUGCAAGUUUUGACUUGGGCUUUGGAAAGUUCCCUGAGUGUAAGAUGGAUGGAAGAAUAUAAAGUAGCAGAAGAUCGUGACAGGCCUCCCCUGUCUUUGCAAGAGACAGAUUGUGCCAUUGAGGCACUAAAAGCUCUUUUUAAUGUAACACUUGACAGUUGGAAUGUCCACAGCGAGACUGAAUCUCAUCAAUUUCGUUACAUGGCUGCCAUCCUUCGGCACUGCUUGUUAACCACGGGCCCUACUGAAGAUAAAACUGAAGAGUUGCACAGCAAUGCAAUCAAUCUCUUAAGCAAUGUUCCUGUUUCUUGCCUGGAUGUUCUUAUUAGUCCAUCAUCCCAAGAGGAAACAGAUAUAAAAUACAAUGGUAUGAAUAUGGGAGCAAUUCAGAUUUUACUGGAUUUUAUGGAGAAGAGAAUAGACAAGGGAAGCAGCUAUAGAGAAGGUCUGACUCCAGUUCUUAGUUUAUUAACUGGAUGUUGCCGAACUCACAGGAAUAUCAGGAAGUUUAUUAAAGCUCAGGUACUGCCUCCAUUAAGAGAUGUGUCAAAUCGUCCAGAAGUUGGCACAACAGUGAGAAACAAGCUUGUGCGCCUUAUGACACAUGUUGACCUUGGAGUAAAGCAAAUUGCAGCAGAAUUUCUUUUUGUUCUUUGUAAAGAGAGAGUUGACAGCUUGUUAAAAUACACAGGCUAUGGUAACGCGGCAGGAUUGCUGGCAGCGAGGGGCCUGUUGGCAGGAGGAAGAGGGGAGCAUUGGUACUCUGAUGAUGAAGAUACAGAUACAGAAGAAUACAAAUCUGCAAAGCCAAAAGAUGAGCUUAUAAAACCAAUGGGAGUGCGGCCGGAUGGGACAAUGGCUCCUUUGGAAGAAGCAGUCAACCAGUACCAUACCAACAAGCAGGACAGUUCAGAUUCAGACUAAAGCAUCACCUGCUUCACUCUCAGUUCUCCUCUAAUCCACACUUUUCCUUAGGGCCACAACAUCUUUUAUCUUGACAUUUUAGCCUCACGCUAGCCAGCAUUACUUUUUAACUGUUCUAUUAUUGGAAUAUUUAAGCAAUGGGUCUUAUGGUGUAAUGUCUGAAUUUUUAUUCUGUCUGUUGAA